CAAGCGCGAACGCAAGUCUCUUCCUGGCAAAAUGGCGAUGGGCCUCAUGUGCCGACGCCGGGAGCUUUUGCUGUUGUUACGGCGUCAGCGUCAGUUCCACAGCGUCGCAAGGCCCUCGCAAUGGUCCCGGAAACCUCUGACCGCGGGACCCCUGUUCCCAGCCGGCGGCCGGCGCCCGCACUACAUCCUCCUCGCGGCCCCCAGUCCCCGCUGCCUCAGUACCUCUGCCAUCUCGUUUGCAGAUGCCCAGGUCCAGACCUCUCCAGCUGUUCCUGCAACUCCUUCGCCCACAGUGGUGACUGAGGUGGCUCCUGGAGAGUUUGCAGAUGUAAUCCAAGCUGCUGCAGAACCAACCUUCACUGAACUGGGCUUGGGGUCAUACACCCCAGUGGGACUCAUCCAGAACUUUCUGGAAUUUAUGCAUGUUGACCUGGGCCUACCAUGGUGGGGAGCCAUUACUGCAUGUACAGUCCUUAUCCGCUGCCUGAUUUUUCCUCUCAUUGUGAAGGGCCAACGAGAGGCAGCCAAGAUCCACAACCACUUGCCAGAGAUCCAGAAGUUCUCCACUCGAAUCAGAGAGGCCAAGUUGGCAGGAGACCAGGCCGAGUUUUACAGGGCCUCCUCAGAGAUGACUCUUUACCAGAAAAAGCAUGAUGUGAAACUCUUGAGGCCUCUCAUUCUACCUCUGACUCAGGCUCCAAUCUUCAUCUCCUUCUUCAUUGCCUUGAGAGAGAUGGCCAACCUUCCUGUGCCCAGCCUGCAGACAGGCGGCCUCUGGUGGUUCCAGGAUCUCACAGUAUCUGACCCCAUCUACGUAUUACCACUGGUAGUCACUGCCACAAUGUGGUGUGUCCUUGAGCUAGGUGCUGAGACAGGUAUGCAAAGUUCUGACCUCCAGUGGAUGAGAAAUGUUAUCAGAGUGAUGCCCCUGGCUGUCUUGCCCAUAACCAUCCAUUUCCCUUCGGCAGUGUUCAUGUAUUGGCUCUCCUCCAAUUUGUUUUCCCUGGGCCAGGUGGCCUGCCUCCGGAUACCAUCUGUACGUACUGUACUUAAAAUCCCCCAGCGUGUUGUACAUGACCCUGACAAAUUGCUUCCACGAGAAGGCUUCGUAAAGAGCUUCAAAAGAGGCUGGAAGAAUGCCGAAAUGGCACAUCAGCAACGAGAGCGUGAACGACGAAUGCAGAAUCACUUGGAGCUAGCAGCCAAGGGUCCUUUACGACAGACCUUUACUCACAACCCUCUGCUACAGCAUGGAAAGAAUCACCCUUCCACCACCCUUGAAAGCAGCAGCAGCAACAAACCAAAGUCAAAGCAGCCCUGGCGUGACACACUUGGCUGACUUGUGGUCCCUGCUUAUACCAGCAGGAACUCUGUCUCAAAAGACUCAUCCUCAGAACAAAGCUUGAAUGUGUGUCCUUAUCCCAGUCUAGGAACUGUGGGACAUGGAAAUGUUCAUUUUAAAAGUGGAACUGCUACAGGCUCUUGCACCUGAAUGUAAAAGAGAACACUUAGGAGCCAGGUGAUCAUCCCAUCCACGGAGUUAGUAAACCUUUGUAUACAUGCUGUUUCCUGAUACUUAUUAACAGGGAAAUGAGUCGUAUGCCUCAGAAAAAUAAAGAAUGGAUUAGGUAGUGAUUGUUCUUGAGGUCCCAUGGACAGCAAGGUGGAAGUGUCUUAAAUUAUUUUUAACUUGGCAUUAUAACCUUAAACCCCCACCCCAUAGAUGUGUUGUUCCCAUCCACAUUCACGUAGUCACAGAGGUAUGACUAGUAAGUUGAGAUUGUACCUAAAUAUAAUCACCCCAUUUAUUGAUCUUAGGAUUACCUAUAAAAUCUCUUCCAAGAAAUAGAUGUGUUCAAAUUCUUAGUGAUAAUUAGGAAGAAGGGAAGUUGAUGUCGUUUUUAUGUAAUGACCUAACAUUUUAAUACAGCAGUUUCAGUGUU